AUGCCAACAGCCCAAUCGCUUCCUCCGCGUUCGGGUUCCAGUGCUGCUUCCAAUCGAAAGAUGGUGGUUCAUGCUGGACAAAAUUCUGCUCGAGGAGGAAAAAGCGACUUGCCGUUAUCGGCAUCAAACGCAAAAUCCUUGAGUAACAAUACCAAUCAGCAACGAGGAUAUAGUCCGACGAUAAACAAUCAACAAUCAAACAACAAGAACAAUAAUAACCACAACAUUAAUGAGAGAGCAAAAUUGUCGAAUCAUCUUCCAACCAGAUCAUCACAUUGGAACAAUACAACCGAAUUUGCUCCCAAAAUAUUGAUCAAUCCUGCAUCAAAAUCGGCAACAGCAUCAUCGGGAAAUGAAAAAAGCAAAACCCAUCCUCAGCUGGCUAUCAUUAAACAAAUUGAAGAACGAUAUCUUCAAUUCUUGUCGGAUGAAGGAAAAGUGGAGAAUAUUAUCGAGAGCAUUGAGGGAGUGAAUGUGCCAACCGACACCAUGCUAGAUUUUUGUAGUGUUAGAAAACGUUGUAUUGAGCAAUAUCACAAUAUCACUCUUCAGGAUCCAGAGUACGACAAAACACAUGACGUCAUUUCUCAUAUUUGGAGAAUGUUUUACUACAGAGUCAUCGAUUUGUUCCGAAGAAACACAAUCUUGAAAGAAAGAAAGGACAUCUAUCUCAAAUUUCUCAACACUGGACUUGACGAAUACAAAGAAUUUUACAAGAAAUUAACAGAAUUGUUUCAAAAGGAAAAGGUGCUCAUUCAACGUGGAGAUUUAUUUCGCUACAAAGCUCUAUUGUUGAACAACAAACCCGCUGAUUUCUUAAAAAGUGAAAAGUACUACAAUAAGGCCCUACAACUUUCAAGAGAUUUUGGAAAUGCUUGGAAUCAAUUAGCUGUUAUUUCUACAUAUAACAAUGAUAUUUUCCUUGCACUUUAUAGAUAUUACAGAAGUUUAGGUUCCAUCCAUAGACCAUUUUCAUGCACCAAGGAUAAUAUUAUUUUGUUAUUCAAGAAUAAUGUUCCAAAAAUGCAAGGAAGGAGUAGUUAUCACUUGCUGACUUUGCAUGGCAAGUUAUUUCAACAAAUAACCCCAAUACCGGAGUUAGAAGAUGAUAAUGCGACAUUAAUUAUUAACGAUUGCUUCAAUGAGAUUCCAAGAAAUGACACUAAUUAUUUGUUGAAAGCCACCAUUAUGAAUUUAUUUGUUGAUCAGAAAAGUAACUCUUCCUUCUAUUCAAAGGUAUUCAAUGAGAUGUUCUUUGCUAAAUUGGUCGAUAUUUAUUGUGACAACCAACAAAUUACAUCUUAUGAGGAUAUUUAUGCCUCACUCGUUCUCUAUAUUGAAUAUUUCCUUCAAAACAGAGCAAAAUAUUUGCAUGAAAACGAGAACUUGUGUCAAGUAAUUUGCCAUUUAUUUUCGAGAAUUGUUAACGAUGAGGAGCUAUCAAAGCAUACAGAGGAAAAUACAUUCUACACAGAAGUGUUAGGAUAUAGUCCCUUGAAUGGUAAUCUUGGAACCUUUACAACUAGAAAUGAGAAUUCUGCUCUCAAACAAUCCCUUGUUCAAUUAUUUGACAAGCAAAAGAAUGAACUUGUGAACGACACACUCAUUCCACUAUUUUAUCACGAGAAGAGCAAAACGUUCUCGACCAAUCCCAUUGAAGAUGACGAUGAAAGUAUCAUGUUAAAUGGUGACAUUUUGGCCGAGUUAAACAAUGGUGAUGAUCUCAUCCUCAAUGAUGAUGACAUGACAGACGUCUCUCACCAGAAGGAUCGACCUGUCCAAAGCAUGACUCCACCACCUUCAACUACACAAAUUUCUACCACUGGCACUAAUAACAUUUGGCAAUCAGACACCGCUCUUCCCGAGACUAAAAACGAAAGUCCAUCAUCGUUGGCAAAGCUUAAUGUGACAAGCCCACUCUUGCAUAGCAAUUUCAUAGAAUCUCCAUUUAGAAUGAAUGCCUAUGACAACAAUGAUCACUUGUUCAAUCAAAGAAUGUCCACACCCACCAACAAUGGAAUGAGCUCACCUCUCAUUGAGAAAUCAACCUUGAUGAGCAAAAUUUUAAGCUCACCUCCCAAGAAUACCACCACACCCAAUACAGCACAGAGCUCAACACCUUCUGUGUUUGACUCUAUCUUUGGUUCAGCACAGUCAACAACAAGCACUUCCUCCAACAAUGACGCUUGGAAUCGACCACCUGUUGGUUCACAAAGCAAUUGGGGUGGAGUUCCUUCAUUCCUGGGAGGUUAUAAUGUAGCACCAAACAUCAAUGUGAUUUAUAAUCCAUUUGGGUUCAAUUAUCCAUCCAUGUAUGGUAGUGGAGUUGGAACGGCCUAUCCGUUCCCUCAACCACAGCAGCAACCUCAACCACCAGUACAAACAUCAACUUCUCCACACUCCCAGACAAGUGUGAGUAGCUCAAAUCAAUCAAGUGGCGGAGGGGUCCUAUCUUUCCCAUUCAGAAACAGUAGUAGCAGCAGUAGUAGUAGCAGUUGUGGAACAUCUUCAAAUUCCUUUAAUCUUUUUGAUUAG